AUGGACGAUGAUUCAGAAGUAUCGUUAAAAAGUAUCUGUUGUACAUGUUUAAGCGUCGAUAGGAAGUUAGCACAGCUCAGUCGAGUGCACGACGGUGUUAACAAAUUGUUUUUCCUGCUAUCAUAUGACUUGGAUGCUUACGAGGCUUUGUUUCAUAAAGAUGCAGUAAAUCUAUACAUAUGCUGGGAAUGUAAGGCUUUGAUGAGCAAACUCUGUGAGUUUCGGAAUCAAGCUUGUGUGGCUCAGAAGCAGCUGACCAACAUCACUGAUGGUAAAAUUAAUUUAAAAUCAAAAAACUUAUCACUCUCCCGACUAUCACGCUACCACCAAACAACAUACAAUAAAGAAUAUAUCGGAAACGAUGAAACUCAAGACAAUUUUAUAGAUUGCGGACCGGAUAUACACUUUAUUGAAACAGAAAGUGACAAUGACGACAUUCCAUUAUGCAAUUUAAAAAUUAAUAACACAACUUGUGAUAGAGAACCUCUUUUGAAAAUCGAUAAUGAUUUAGAAAAAAAUACUAGCAGGAAAUUAGCAGGGGAAAAAAGUAAAAAUGUUAAAUCAAAAGAGGUUUUAAUUGAUGAAAGUAAUUAUACUACAGUUUUAAUGUUGUACAAGGAAAUUAUUAAAAGUGUUGAGGAUAGAAAAGAAACAAAAAGGUCAUCAGAUAGUUAUUUGAAUGCAGCCAAUAAAUGUGAGAUUUGCGUUGAACCUUUUGAUGAUUAUAAUGAAUUGGAAAGACAUAAUUUAGAACAACAUGUAGCGAAAGAAGGACAUACACAAUGUGACAUAUGUAUGGUUUAUAUAGAGGAGUUGAAAUUGGCAGACCAUAGAAAUGAACAUUUCCAAAAGUAUAUUUGUAAUGUAUGCGACAAUGUGUCAUAUAAUAUCCAAGAUUUAGCAAGACAUUUAGAAGUGGAACAUUCGAUUGACGUGGCUUGGAAAAAAAUCAAGAAAAAAGUAGCAAAAACAAAUGAACCGAAGCUAAAACGAAAGAAAGCUUCUAAAGAUCAAACCUCGCCUUCAGUUUGGCCGUGUACAGAGUGCAAUCAAAUUUUUGAUAGUAAAAAUAAGAAAUACAAGCACGUACAGAAGUUUCACAGAGAGUGGUUCAAGUGUUCCACUUGUGAUAAGAAAUUUGCUUUCAAAAAUACCCUCAAGAGGCAUCAACUAGUGCACGGCUCCGUGGCGCGCGAGCAGUGCGCGGCGUGCGGCAAGCUCGUGCGCGCCGACCUGGCGCCGGCGCACGCGCGCACGCACGCGCCGCGCGCGCCGCACCACUGCCGCGCCUGCGACAAGCGCUUCGUGUCGCGCGCCUCCUACGAGAACCACCUCAAGUACGCCGGCCGGCACGCCGUCGCCGACGUGCGCAGAUACAAGUGUACGAUGUGCGAAAAGGGCUACAGAUCGCAAGCGGAACUUCGUGAUCACGUCAACUACCAACACAUGGGGAGGACGCAGCACAAAUGUCCCAUCUGUGAUAAGGCACUGGCUAGUCCUCGAUGCAUAACACGUCACGUCAAACGAACGCAUCACGGCAUCAAAGAAAACGCGAAGGACAAAAUAUGUCAGACUUGCGGAAAAGCAUUUCGUGAGAAGAAGAGCCUGAGCGAGCACGAGCUGAUCCACUCGGGCGAGCGGCCGCUGUCGUGCGAGCUGUGCGGCCGCGCCUUCCGCCAGCGCGCCUCGCUCUACACGCACCGCCGCCGCGUGCACGCCGCCCGCCCUCACCCGCCCGCCGCCCGCCCAAACCCGCCCAGCACGACCGUACAGAGCUAAUAAACGAUUAACGUA